AUGAGCAGCUCUUUCUCCAUCGAGAUAUCGCGCGAAGACGUCCCCCGAAGCGGGGCGUCGCGCAGCAGCCGGAGCAGCAACAGGCGGAGCAGCAGGAGUCGUUUCCGCAGCAGCAGCAACAGCAGCAGAAGCCACGACUUUGAUGUGGCUCCUUCCGAAUCCUCUUAUUGCGAACCUUUUCCCGCUUCUCAAAGCGGUGAGUCGAAAGUCUCCUUCUGGAGGGCCAGAGCUGCAAGCUCUUCCUCCUCUCGCAGCGGGGCAGUAGCCAGCGGGCUUUUGGGGGCCCCCAUCUCAGCUCAGCGCAGCGUAGAUGCCUCGGGUAGCUCAAUAGGGCCUCCUUUUUCCUCUCAGCAGCAACAGAAGCAGCAGCAGCAACUGCGGCUGCAACCUGAUGAAGGGGCCUAUGGGGAGGUCGAUUCUGCCUCGGGCGUGUUUGGAGGUGCUUCUGCUGCUGCUUCCUAUCCACACCAGCAGCAGGAGGAACAGCACCAGCAAGAUGGUGCGGUUGGUUGGGGUGCGGUAUCAUUGUCAGCACCAGCUGGCGAGGGCUCUCUUGGGGGCCGUCCCGCAGCAUCCCGCGGCAGCAACGCCAGCAGCCACUCGCAUGGCGUUGCAUGCAGCAGCAGCAACGCGUUGGGUUUGCGUGCUUUUGAAGGAGCAUCAGCAGGGGGAGGGUUUGCUGCUGCACCGAAACAGAGCAGCAGAGGGCCUCGCGGCAGCAGCGGCAGGAGCUGCAGCGGUGCAUUAAAGGAGCGGCGAGAGUCUCGUGCUGCACUGCGAGCGAUGUCCGUGGGGGAGGAGGAGGUAGUACUUGAGAACAGCAAACUGUGGCUUGCUCGGGGUUCUGUCUUGUGGCGUUUUUUCUUAUGUGCGUUAGCUCUGCGUGUCGGGUGUUGGCUGGCGCUGCUAGUGGUGGUGCUUACGACUUUAGGCCGUAUGGGGCGAGCUGUGUCUUGUAUAGACAUGGGUGCAUGCGUCGGAGGCGGGGGUCUUCUUGCGUUCCCUGUGUUGCUACGGGCAGCGCCUAGUUUUGCUGCUGGGUUGGUGGCUUACGAGUCGAUUACGGGGCUGCUAGUGGCGGGGUUGGUGCUAGUGCUGCUGCCAAUGGCAGGCAACUGCUACUACACGUGCCAGGCGUUGCUGAAGGGGACUCGUAAGGCGUUUCUAGAGGAGGUGCGCAUGACAACUUGCUGCACGGCGUGGGUGGGAGCGUGUGUGGGUGUGUUUAUUCCGGUGUUGUUCUUUACGCAGCAGUUCUGUGACCGAGAUCGCCUCGAUAUCAACGCAGUGUACAGAGCAGACAAUGCUGCUGUGGGCGCAGCAUCAGCAAACAUGUGCAAACAACUCGGCCUCUCGCGUGCAUGCGUCGUAGUCGCAGCCCUCUGUGCAUGCAGCACUGGGAUGCUGGUGUUUCAGCGGUACACGCGGCUCUGGGCGGCGCUGCUCGCUGUGGGGGGCAUCAAAUUCAUGCUUGCUGGGUUCCUGCUCUGUCUAACGGUUAUGUUUGGCGGGCAGAGCAACCAAAUGAUGCUCGAGACUAUGGACAAGGCGCCGGAGGUGAAUGGAGCAGAGGGCCUGCAGCAGCCGAUGGUGGUGCAGCUCGGCCUCUUCUUUGCUGCUCUUAAGUGGGGGGGCUAUAUCUUGGCUGCUAGUAAUUUAGCCACGGGGGCGUUCACAGUUUGGUUGUCUUAUUUGCGUUCGCAUUUGCUUUCUUUUAUGAAUAUGUUGAUAACCUUCGUCUUCUUCUUCACCAACGCCGUCUCCUUCUUCGCUAUGACUUUUGAGAACGCGACGCUGCAGGUGGUGUGCAACUACUCCGCCUUUCCUAUGCCGCAGACAGACAGAGCAGCAGCAGAAGCUGCUCUUUUCUGUGUCUUUCGCCCUCAGUUCAUCUUCGUCUGGGCCUUAGUCGCGCUCCUCUCUUGCGCGCAUUUCGUUGAGUUCUGCCUCUGCGCUGCGCUCUUCCAUGGAGAGCUAAAAAAAAGCAGCAGCCACCAACAAUACAGCAACGACGAAAACAACUGCAGCAGCAGCAGCAGCAGCGACGCCGUCAUACCGUCUGCACACAGCAUCGACUCCCUGCCCCCCAAAUGGGGGACGGUGAUGACAACGGCGAGACAAUAA